UUGGACAGCGGCCGUGACGCAGUGUGGCGCCUGCUUUGUUAGAUUGAUCCAUGCUAACAAAUUCCCUUUGUUGUGAUUAACCGUUUAGCGGUUCUCGUUCUGCUGUAAUAACUUAUAUUGACAAAGUUGUCGUUGUGAUAAUCUAAAGGAUGAGUGGCGGAGUGUACGGAGGCGAUGAGGUGGGAGCGCUGGUGUUCGACAUUGGCUCAUACACAGUAAGAGCUGGCUACGCAGGAGAAGACUGUCCCAAGGCGGACUUCCCCACGGUGAUAGGUGUGACCCUUGACCGAGAGGAUGGCAGCACGCCUAUGGAGACGGAUGGCGACAAGAGCAAGCAGAGCGGCACCACCUACUAUAUCGAUACCAACCAGCUGAGGGUACCCAGGGAGAGCAUGGAGGUCAUGUCUCCGCUCAAGAAUGGCAUGAUUGAAGACUGGGACAGUUUCCAGGCCAUUUUGGAUCACACCUACAAGAUGCACUUCAAGUCUGAACCCAGCCUGCAUCCAGUGCUCAUGUCAGAAGCAUCGUGGAACACACGAGCAAAACGAGAGAAACUAACAGAGCUGAUGUUUGAACAUUACAACAUUCCUGCCUUCUUCCUCUGCAAAUCAGCUGUGCUCUCUGCGUUUGCCAAUGGGCGGUCUACGGGCUUGGUCCUGGACAGCGGCGCCACACACACCACAGCAAUUCCAGUGCACGAUGGCUACGUCCUGCAGCAAGGCAUCGUCAAAUCGCCCCUGGCUGGAGACUUCAUGAGUAUGCAGUGCAGGGAGCUUUUUCAAGAGUUGAAUGUUGAAAUAAUUCCCCCUUACAUGAUCGCAUCAAAGGAUGGAGUGCGGGAAGGAUCACCGGCCAGCUGGAAGAAAAAGGAGAAACUACCUCAAGUCACCCGCUCAUGGCACAACUACAUGUGUAAUUGUGUGAUCCAGGACUUCCAGGCAUCUGUGCUGCAGGUGUCUGACUCGCCAUAUGAUGAACAGGUUGCUGCACAGAUGCCCACAGUGCACUAUGAGCUGCCCAACGGCUACAACUGUGACUUUGGGGCUGAGAGGCUGAAGAUCCCGGAGGGGCUGUUUGACCCCUCUAAUGCCAAGGGCCUGUCUGGAAACACCAUGUUGGGAGUCGGCCAUGUGGUGACGACCAGCGUGGGAAUGUGUGACAUCGACAUCCGACCGGGUCUAUACGGCAGUGUCGUGGUGACCGGAGGAAACACGCUCAUUCAGGGCUUCACAGACCGACUGAACAGAGAACUCUCUCAGAAAACUCCUCCAAGCAUGAGGCUGAAGCUGAUAGCCAACAACACUACAGUGGAGCGCCGGUUCAGUGCCUGGAUAGGAGGCUCCAUCCUGGCAUCACUUGGAACCUUCCAGCAGAUGUGGAUCUCCAAACAGGAAUACGAAGAGGGUGGUAAGCAGUGUGUGGACAGGAAGUGCCCUUGAUUUGAUACCCCGCCCCUCUCUAUCACCGUCUUUGCCACAAGCUCAACAACAUGAUCCGUUCACCUCUGACCCUGGACUCAGGAACACCCACAGAUGAUGGCUCUCGUUUUGUAUGAUUUGUUUUUAAAAAAUAAUUGAGUUUGUCUGUAUGUCGCUUGUCUGGGGUUCAUUGUGAAAAUCAGACAAACAUUUACAAAGUACACCAUGUCACGAUGAUGAAAUUGGAUUUAAGUUCCUCUGUUGAUGUCUUUACAGUCGGUGUUGUGUGGAAACCUUGCAUCUUUAAACGUUUUUCACAGAACGGACAAAAGUUGAUCUUCUCCUGAUAGUCUGUGCCCGUUUUCUUACUUUAGACAAUGUCUGUCAUGUUCAAAGGGCCAUUACAUAUCAGCAUGUAAAUCAAGUUCAUGAUCGCAUGUGGUAAAACACGUGAACACAGAAUUUGCUCUGCAAGGUUUCUGCAGAACACUGACACAGUAAAAGUUAGGUGACGUGCAUUUGGAUGAACGACCUUACAGUUUUGGGGUGAAUAAUGUCUUUUGUUCAUAAGUCUUUUCUUUGUGUAGUAAGUAAGCUCAUUAUAGGCAGAGACCAGUCAGUUCUCACCUCUGCUUAUUGGUGUCAACUCAAAUAAAUCUGUAUUUAAUUUUCACUUUGCUUGUCAUUGGCUACACAUGGUCUUUUAAAAAUAAAGUCGUUUUUGUUAAAUGUGUGUGAUAA